ACGUGCAUCUGAGAAUCUGCAGGAAUCCGUAGAGCACCAGGGAUCGCAGAAGGGUCGAGAUGCCGAUGAAGAAAGGAUCGAAUCGGAGGCUGUCGAAGGUUGCCGAGGUCAGGAGCAUGGCGUGAAGCCUGCGUAUCGACUCAUUUCCUUCGUAUCCCAACGAAAAGUUUCUGCUCCGUCCGUUGAAAAGCUUUAGUAUACCUCGGCGAGCCGAUCAGGCUGCCUGGGUCUAGCUGGCUGACUGCUCGUUGCCCGACGACUGCUUGCCUGACUGGCUGACUGCUAGCCGGCUCUCGGUCUCGUCUCGUUCAGUCGCCGCUCCGACAUCCUGCACGCAACACGGCCGCGGCCGGUGCCAGCACGUUUCUUUCAUCGUCUCUUCGUUUACGGCUUCUGUCAUGCCAAGGCGGAUGCAGCGGGUCCGUAACACGGCUUUUUUCGGCGCCAGCUAAACCCACGUGCACACGUAGAACGGCAAACGAAUCGGCCGGCUAAAAGAAGAAAACGGAGAAGAAUUGACAUGAACGAUCGAGACGUAACCGCGCCGAGGACACCUGGAUCGACCAUGGAAUUCGGCGGAACGCAGGUGUCAUCACUGACGAGAUUAUUCGAUGUCUGAGCAGACUCGUGCUCAGUGUCGAGAAAAGGGAGCAAUGGGAUCGCAGGAAGAAUUCCCGGCAAUUAAGCUAAUUAGCAGAUUGAAAUCGUUGAAGAAGUCGAUCGCGGGAGGUAGGAAGAUGACGAUGAACCCAGCCGGAGGUCCAGGGACCCCGGAAGAAUACCAAUGGAAGAGGUGACGUUUCACCCAGUGAUGCGUAAACGACGUGGACUGGCCAGCGCCAUUCUGGGCCUGAUAGUAGGCCUUCUCCUAGGUUUCCUUAUCCAAAGCUAUAGGAUACUCUCGUCGAACCAUCAUCAACGGUCAAACGUUUAUGUGACUUCGAUGCCUGGAUCGGGAGUGUUGAUCAAAUCAUCGGCCCGAAAUGUUCCCAAAUUGAACGACGAUGAGCAGAUAAACAGUUCCUCUACCAGCCUGGUCUUCGUGGGUGUUAUGACGGCUAGCAAAUACCUGGACUCACGAGCCAAGGCAGUUUACGAGACCUGGGGUAAAGAGCUUCCAGGUAAAAUUGCCUUUUUCUCGUCCGAGAACUCCAUCGUCCCGGACAACUGCCCUGACCUGCCAUUGGUACCAUUACCGCGGGUCGACGAUACCUAUCCACCUCAAAAGAAAUCGUUCAUGAUGCUACAGUACAUGUGGAACAAUUACGGGGAUCGUUUCGAGUGGUUUCUCAGGGCUGACGACGACGUCUACGUGAGGACGGAUCGUUUGGAGAAACUGCUGAGAUCUGUCAAUUCCAAAAGAGCUAUGUACAUUGGCCAAGCAGGCAGAGGGAACUCCGAGGAAUUCGGUUUGUUAUCCUUGGAGUACGACGAGAAUUUUUGCAUGGGUGGGCCAGGUGUCAUACUAUCCAGGGAGACCUUAAGAAGAAUCGUGCCGCACAUCAAGUAUUGCCUGAGACAUUUGUACACUACGCAUGAAGACGUCGAAUUGGGAAGGUGCGUGCAGAAGUACGCCGGUAUACCGUGUACCUGGAGCUACGAGAUGCAGUCCAUUCUAUAUCACAACAGUAGCGGUGCACAGGCGUUCACCGGAAACUUAAAGAAAAAAGAAGUUCACCGUGCUAUUACUUUGCAUCCUGUUAAAAGUCCGCCACAUAUGUACAGGUUACACAAUUACAUGAGGGGACUUCAGAUCCAAGACUUGCAACAAGAGAGACUCAAUCUUCACCGAGAUAUUUACACGAUGGCGAAGCAAUUGAGAAUCAGCGUGGAGAAUCUGAAGAAUUUCGAGAUUGCCGACGGUGUCCCUCUGUUUCCUGUCAGUCCUUACUCCAAGGAAUAUCCGGGCGACACGGAAAUACUAGGUGUUUCUGCAGGACUACGUUCGUUCACACCGACAACCAGCGACGAAGUAAUACACUGGGAUUUCUUGUCGAGGUCCGAGUACAGUUUAGGCGACUCGAAUCCCAGGAGAAGAAUUCACAGCGACAUAAAGGAGGGUCUGGAGGACAUCACGAGGGAAGUGAUGGCCUCCAUAAAUGCCUGUUCACGACAGCGUGGCAGAGUGGUGGAGGAAAGGUCAACCCUAUAUGGAUACAGGAGAGUAGAUUCUUAUGGUGCCGACACGAUACUGGAUCUCCUGUUGGUCUACCGGAAGUACAGGGGCAGAAAGGUUACGCUGCCUGUCAGAAGACACGUGUACCUCCAUCAACACUUCACAGGACUGGAAAUACGAGAAACCGUGGACGGGGUGGAAGUGGACGAGACGCGGAGGAAGCAACGGGGAGACAAAUCUUUGCAAGAUAUAUUUCGAGGCGGCUUUCUGAACCUGAAUUUCAACUUCGAAGAGGAGGAUCCGGUGAAGAGCAAGGUCGUUCAUUUUAUUCUCCCUUUGUCCGGAAGAUUCGAGGUUUUCCAAAGGUUCCUGCAAAACUACGAAGAGACCUGCCUAACGACUGGAGAGAAGACUGUCCUCUCGAUCAUCCUCUAUCGUCACAAGACAGAAAAUUCCUCCUUCGAGCGAACGAUAGAUUUGAUAGAACAACUGAAAUACAAAUACCGUAGCGCCAGUGUCGACGUUAUCCAUGCUUCUGGAACAUUUUCCAGAGCGAAGGCUCUGAACAUCGGCGUGUCGAGGUUGAAGGACGACGAUUUGAUGUUCUUCGUCGACGUGGACAUCGUGUUUACCGAGUCUGCCCUCUACAGGAUUCGCGUGAAUACUCUUCUAGGUAGACAAAUAUACUUCCCUGUGGUGUUCAGUCAGUACGACCCAAAGACGCUUUAUGGUCGAAACGCCAGGAGGCAUGAUACGUUCGCCAUAAACGAAAGGACGGGGUAUUGGAGGCAAUUUGGAUUCGGUAUCGUUUCCCUGUACAAACGGGAUUAUAAAGUGGUCGGUGGCUUCGACCUGUCCAUCGAGGGAUGGGGCAAAGAGGACGUGGAUUUCUACGAGAAGGUAGUCAAGUCGAAUAUCAAGAUCUUCAGAGCAGCUGACAAGGACUUGGUUCACGUUUAUCACGAUGUCGAGUGCAGUAAAGAUCUGUCGGGAACGCAGUGGUCUAUGUGCAUGGGAACCAAGGCUGACACUUACGCGGGGAUAGAGACAUUAGCCAAAAUGAUCUUCGAAAAUCCGGACAUACUACGAUUUGCCAAAGCCAGAAGGGCGAACUUGACCAACGCGGCGGCGGGUUGAAUGACUUUCCGAAGGCUGAAGAUGUCGAACGUGUUCCGGUUGUUAAGGUAGAAAUUACGUUUGCAACUAUAGGGUGCCAGAACGUUUCGUAGCUAGGACAUUUUGUAAAUACGCGGUGUAAUUAUGGAAUUUUGCACGCUGAUGGUCUGUACCGGAUGAUAUUUAAGGUCGGUCGCGAAUUCACCAAAGUCUUUGCCCUAAUAAGAUUAGC